AUGGAAUCCCCUCGACACCUGGUCAGUCGACAUAAACCUAGUAUGAAGCAUACCCCAGACCCGCGUGGGAAACAGCCUCCAAGCUACCUUUGCCGCAUUUUGAAAACUUCCCAAACUUCUGGAGCAUCCAGAACUUCCGGCCGACUCCCCCCCUUCAGUAACCCUACAUCUCGCCAGCCUUACAUCUCGCUAGCCUUACACCUCGCCAGCCUUACACCUCGCCAGCCUUACACCUUGCCAGCCUUACAACUCGCUACCCUUACAACUUGCUACCCUUACAACUUGCUACCCUUACAACUUGCUACCCUUACAACUCGCUACCCUUACAACUCGCUACCCUUCCCUUGCACCACCUUGAUCGCACCCACCUCGCUCGCACCCACCUCGCUUGCACCCACCUCGCUUGCACCCUUACACCUCGUACCCACCUCACUCGUACCCUUACACCUCCCUUGCUACCCUUACACUACAUACCUAGCACCUCGCUACCGCCUGCCUCCCACCUCCCAGCGCAGCCUCAAACCAAAGUCCAAAGUCCCUAAAUACACUGUGUGUCCCUUACCAAUUACAGCUUGCUAG